AUGUCUCAAUUACGUGACGAAAAGGAUAAUACCACUCUGAACAACUCGAAAGAGUCAACCAACCCGAAAGUGGUUGUUGAUUCUGUCUUUGAUACGUCUGAAAAGCUAUUCCUUGGAGGUAUUGACGAUGGCUCAGAUGGGGCCAAGAGAGGGUCUACAGAAGACUCGGAGCCUGAGUACGACUUCAAAUCUGAAGAGUUCGUCAAUAUCCCAGAGCUUGUACGUAACGUUGUCGGAUUCGAAGACGACCCAACGUUGCCAUCAAGGCCAGUGGGCGAGUAA